UGAAAAUACAAUUAUUUUUUAUCCUUCGGAAGUCUCUACUCUCUCUCAGUUUGUUUUUUCUGUUUUUGCUAUCUUAAAAGAAACAAUCUCCUUGCGAGAUAGUGAUAAUAACGUCUACGGCCUUGGGCGCCAAUAUUUUUGGCACAUAUCUUUAACAGCUUGUCUCGUCAAGUCUCUAACAGCGGCUUUCUUUGGGGAGAGAAAUAUUGAAUUAUGAAACAAAGGACUGAGUUUUAUCACCUAAUAUUCCAAACCAUGCUAACUUCAAAAUAAUAAAUUCAUUUACUAAAAGUAUUCUUCAUUGAAUUAACGGUGGAGUUUGCCUUUCUGGGACAAUUCAGGAAAGAACUAAAUUAAAAAAGCUACUGUUGAUGUUAUUUACAUUUUGUCGAGGCAAAAACGAACAUUGUCCGGUUACUAAUGACACUAAGAAAUUUACGCAUUGUAAAAGCAAUGAAUUUUUCACAAUUCAGAUUUGUAUUAAUUAGCAAACAUUGCGCUAAGCCAUGGACAUUGAUAGAGCGCCUUCUUUUGAUUCUAAAAAUUCACUUUUUAUGAAGUUUGUAAAACGUACGUCCGCUGAGGUCAACGUUUUCUCUCCAAUGUAAGAUCUUUCGUUGGUUAAUUUGUACGUGAAUGGGUGGUCAUGGACUUGAUGAAAUGACAGAUUGUUGUAUGUAUAGCCCACUGCUUGUUCUACACGAUUGUUUACACGCGACAGCGAGUUCGCAGCUGCAGUGUCGAGAGAAAAAACCGGAAAAGAAAAAUUAAAGCAGGCAGCCUGAGAGGUGCAAUUUUCACAUUUUCAGCAACAAUUAAUUUCUUCAGGCGAUUAAAGAUUUGACUGUGGGUAGCGCGCCUCGCUGUGUUCGGGAACAAUGAGGAUUUCAGGUUGUUUCGUUGGCCACUGUUUCAUCCGAGUAAUUUUAACCCUCGAUUUCCUUUCGUUUACACACCAGCAAUUCCAUAACUUUGAGCACAAGUGGAUUUGGAAAGAUGGCGAUAUAAUGCUCAAGGGAUUGUUCCCGAUAACUUCACAGGAAGGUGGAAAAUGCGAGCAUUUAAAACCAGACGGAAUUACUUGGAUGACGGCAAUGAUAUACGCGGUCGACUUGAUCAAUAAUUCGACUUCGCUUUUGCCAAACACAACCAUUGGCUACCAAAUCGAGGAUACAUGCGAAAGCAUUCCUAAAUCGAUGAGUUAUGCCAUAGAAAUCGUUUCCAAAUAUCGAUCGAAUUCGAUUUGCAUAUCUCGCCAUGAUUGUUGUCAAAACAGCAGUAUUUCCCGUGCAGGAGAUCGACGAAUCUCUGCGGUUAUCGGUCCUGCAGUUUCGUGGAUUUCUAUCCCUGUGGCAAGGCUGCUGGGUUUGUAUGGUAUUCCACAAAUAAGCUACGCUUCAACAAGCCGUAUUCUCGGAGAUAAGACCCGUUACAACUCGUUUCUCCGAACUGUGCCUUCGGAUGAGUUCCAAGCGCAAGCUAUCGCCAAAUUCGUUCAUCAUUUUCAGUGGAACUACGUGUUUUUAAUCGCGAGUGAUGACGAUUACGGAAAGUUGGGAGCCGCUGCGUUUAAAACCGCAGUUAAGAAGUUGAAUGUGUGUAUCGCCAACGACGAAUACAUUGCUUUCGGCUCACCCAAUUCUGACCGAAAAAUUGAAGACGCAAUGAACAAGUUGAAAACUGCGGAGCGAGCAAAAGUUGUUAUCGUCUUCAGUUACUUUGAACAAGGAGAAAGAUUGUUAAAACAGGCGGAAAAUAUGAAAGUUACAGAUCGCACUUGGGUAGCAAGUGAUGGAUGGAGCUCCCUUGGUUCUGAAAUAGCUAAUUUGAACGUGAGCCAUUCCAUGCUACAAGGACUAUUUAGCUUCUCAAUUCGUUCAAAAAAGGUAGAAGGAUUCGAGAGGUUUAUACGAGAAUACUCAAUUCGAGACGCUGCGAAUAAUUCGUGGUUUACCAAGUACUUAGAGGAAACUUUGCAUUGCCAUACGACCCUUAGUUCAAACUCUGAUCCUUUGCAACUCAAGACGCCUACAUGUAGCCCUAAUGCAGUGCUGCCUUCUGGCCAAGAAAUUGGAAAAGAUUUCGUGGCUAAUGUCAUAGACGCUGUUUUGGUUGUAGCCCAUGCAUUGCAUGAUAUUUUUACUUGCAACGAGUCACACUCGCCAGGACAUUGUCCAAACACGAGUUCACUGACUAUGACCCCUGAAACGUUGUUCAAGUCUGCGUCAAAGGUUCAUUUCCAAGGAGUUGAUUUCAAUAAGGUAAAAUUUGACAAAAAUGGUGAACGUACUGCCAGUGAUUACGUGAUAAGAAAUCUUCGACUAAACAGAGACAAACGCUUAGAAUACGCUGAAGUUGGCUACUGGAGUAAGAAGAAUCACAAUGUGAGUUUUUUGAUCAACGAAAGCUUGAUCAACUGGAAUUCAAAUAAGAAACCGCUGUCCACUUGUUUCCGUGUGUGCCAACCAGGUGAGCGAGUGGUUGGCCCAUCAGAAUGCUGUUGGAACUGUCAAAAAUGUCUCAAAGGCACUGUGAGCUCCAAGUCGGGUUCCACGAACUGCACGCCGUGUAACGAAACCCAUUAUGCAAAUGAAGAGAGAACUCGGUGUGUCUUACGUGAGGUAGUCUAUCUCAAAUCCUCCGAUCCUGCAGGUAUUGCCAUAAUAACGCUUGGGAUAGCUGGCAUCGUUAUCCUGACCGCUGUGACAGUUAUUUUCCACCGUGAACGUAAAACACCAGUUGUUAUGGACUCCAGUCCAUAUCUUCUAACCCUCUUCUUCGUUACUUUGUACCUGUCUUUUAUAUUGGCCAUUGUUCAAGUAACAAGUAAGCCGACCAACAGUUCAUGCAUUUCUGUGAGUGUCUUACUGCUGUUAAUAUGUAUGUUAUACUCGGCUUUUUUCUUAGCCAAGUCGAAGACUGCCACGAAAUUACUUCAGUCAGCGGUCUCUCGUGUUACGAGUAUGCGUACGGAUUACUUACAACUCCUUGAAGUGGGCGUGGUAGUAGUGCUUCAAGGAAUUUUGAUAAUCGCAUGGCAAGCUACAGAUUUAACAGUGGCUCGUUUCCAGAACCAAGACGAUAACACGCGAUUACUUGAAUGCUUCGAGAGUUUUACGGCUUCUCAUAUAAUUUCCGUCUGUUAUCCUGUAUCAGUUCUUGUGCUGGCAACUCUUCUGGCGUUCCGCGAAAGACGUUUAACCGAAAAUUUCAACGAAUCAAAAUCUAUGAGCUUCUCCACUAUUGCUCUCUGUAUCCUUUUAGUUGCAUUUAUUCCUACUUAUCGCUUUGUUGUGGGAAACAACCGCACCCUUGUGGUAGCUUUUACCUUGUUCGUGGCAGCUUUCGCCUGCAUGGGCUGUAUCUUUAUUCCAAAACUUUACAUCAUAUAUUUUAGACCGGAAAGAAACACUCAAAGAGCCGUGCACGAAACGAAAGAGCAGCACGUUUCUAAUACGGGAACCUCUCCGCGCCAGACCACCUCGGACACUCAGUUGAGCCAGGACCUUGGUCAGAUUAAUCAUGGUGCGAGUGUAACUUUAACCAACGGUAGAAAGACUUCUCAUUUGUCACGUGAUAACUUAGCUCCAGUCAACGAAAAGGCAGAGGAACGGGACACUGAUGUUUCUGCCCCUGGUGAGAACAAAGACGAAGAGAAGACGAAAAGUGAAGAGGACGAGAUAAGUAGCAUAAGUGGAGUACUGACUUAUACAGUUGUAUGAUUGGAUAUUACUCGGAGAAAACGAUACACUUUGAAACGUUGAACUUGCAGAAUACGGUAGAGAACUUAGACUUAGUUCUUAUUGACCGAG